AUAAUAUCUUAUUUCGGAUUUCACAGAUUCUCUUAAUCACAAUUAGCGGCCAGGCCACGGCUGACUGACGCUCUUCUUGUGCCCUAACCCUUCACUGCUCCAGUCCAGCCAUCCUUCACACUUGCUCGAGAGUUGUUUGGAAUCAAAUCUUUGAUGCUUUACCUUCUUUCGCAAAACGCCACCGUUUUGUAUUAGUCCCUCGAAAGUUCUCUAAAUCGAAAAUCUUCGCCAUUUUCCCACAUUAUAUCACAUAAAUUAGGGUUUCCGAUUUUGAGUUGAAGAAUGCCUAAGGUUAAGACAAACCGUGUCCAGUAUCCAGAGGGCUGGGAAUUAAUUGAGCCUACUCUUCGUGAAUUACAAGCCAAGAUGAGAGAAGCUGAGAAUGAUCCACACGAUGGCAAGAGGAAGUGUGAAGCACUAUGGCCUAUAUUUAAAAUAGCACAUCAGAAGAGCCGAUACAUUUUUGACCUUUAUCACCGGAGGAAGGAAAUAUCUAAAGAGCUUUAUGAGUUCUGUUUGGACCAAGGCUAUGCUGACCGCAAUCUGAUUGCAAAAUGGAAGAAGCCAGGCUAUGAACGUUUGUGUUGCUUAAAAUGCAUGCAGCCACGGGAUCACAAUUUCCAAACAACUUGCGUGUGUCGAGUACCCAAGAAUCUUAGGGAGGAAAAGGUCAUAGAGUGUGUCCAUUGCGGUUGCAGGGGCUGUGCCAGCGGCGAUUAAGAACCAAUAGAUGGUGAGCAUAGACACUAUCUGGUUGAUUUCAUCUGCCUAAAGCUUGUGUUUGUAUUUAAUGAUGUGAACAUGAAGCAUGAUUUGAAAACUUAGUUCAGUCUUCAUCUUUGUUACCCACUGAAGAAGAGUAUUUACUGUAAUUGAGUAAAUUAGAUCUAGGUUAUCGUAUUGUUGUUCUAUUGCGGUUGUUCUGUUGGGGUUGGUAAUAUACCUGAAGCAUCAGAUUUUAAACAAGGUGGGAUGUGGGCAUCUAUUGUCAAUUCGCAGGACUGGAAAAGCUAGGUUGUCCCAGUUAUGUUAAGGCCUUGCAGGCUCUUGUAUAAAACUGUUCAAAACCUGCCAUGCUGGGCUACUCUCCAA